GGGAAUGCAAAUGCGCCGUCGCAUCGCGCAUCGCAAUGCACCUCGGCACGCCGACGACGACGACGACGUGGAGAACUAGAAACUAGACUGAUUAGGCGCGGACUAUAAGUGCUGCGGCACGCCGUGACGACAUAUCGCCCCGAGCCACGCAUCCAUCAGAGGACUAGACAACGACGAGGCGACGACGCGAUAACAUCGACCAGCGGCGAGAAUCCCAGUAUUCGACAUCACAGUGCCUUCUUGCUGCUGCCCGCUUAUCGUCCUCCCACUCCCACCCCAACACCCGACACACACCGCCUCGUGGACCAACCGAGCAAGCCGACGGCGAGCGAGCGCGAGCGCGACAUUCCGCACAAGUCUUGGCUUCUUGAUCGCCACUGGACUGGCGCUUCCUUCCCAAUCAGUACAAGUACCCCCACCGGCGCCCUUUCCCACCUCCCCAAACACGAACAUGAGCUCGACCCCAUCAGCAUCAGUAACAGCAACAAUGACGACCUCGGCCCCUCCCCCAACGGCGCGCGCGUGGGAGUGGACCGCGCGCGGAAUGGCAUGGGACGUGCUCCGACUCAACCCUGCCAGACCGGUGCCGACACUCCCCCCGCCGACGCCGCUGCCGUCUGACAUCGACCCGGCGGAAGAGUGGCUGCUCAUCAAGGUAGCCUUUGCGUCCCUCAACGCAGGCGCCAUCUUCCAGAUGAACCUCGUGCCGAGCGUCGCGCGCGCCGCGAACGGCGUGCCAGAGAUGGACUUGUCCGGCACCGUCGUGGACACCUGGCGCGGCGACGCGACCACGACGCCGCGCUUCGCCAAGGGCGACGGCGUGUACGCCAUGCUGCCGGCGGGGUACACCCUCCCUACCGGCAGCGGCGCGCUGGCAGAGUUCGUCCGCGUGCCGGCGCGCUUCGCCGUCCUCAAGCCCCCGCACGUGUCUUUCUCUGACGCGGCGGCCGUCGGCAUCGCGACACUCACCGCGCACGAGAUGAUCCGCUCCACGACCCUCAACCCCGGCGACCGCGUGCUUGUCAACGCUGCUUCCGGCGGGAUAGGCACCAUGGUCGUGCAGAUGGCGCGCGCCGCCGUCGGCAAGGAGGGGUUCGUCGUCGGCGUGUGCAGUGGCAAGAACGCGGCGAUGGUGCGCGACAUCGGCGCGGACGAGGUUGUAGACUACACACAGCACCCCAACGUCGGGGCGCACCUCGCGGCGACCUACGGCCCCUUUGACGCCGCGUUCGACACGCUCGGCCACCAGGCGCUGUACCUCGCCUCGCCGACCUUCCUGGCCCCGCAAGCCGACUACGUCAGCGUGGGCAUCAAGCCGCCGACAUUCUACGUGCCCGACUUUCUGUGCGCCGUGCUCCAGAUGAAGCUCAACGAGUGGUGGCCCACGUCGCGGUGGCUCGGCGGCGUCGGCCGCAAGUGGGUCGCUGUGGCGAUGAUGAGCCCGACCCUCCCGGACCGCGAGGCGGCAGUUUACGCCCUCGCCGCGGGCGAUAUCCGCGUGGUGCGCGACUCGGUCUGGGCGUUCGAGGACGCCGACAAGGCGUACAAGCACCUCGGCGGCCUGCACGCCCGCGGCAAGGUGCUUGUCAAGGUCGAUCCGACGUACAAGGAUGAUGAGUAGAGCGCGUUUCGGAAAGAAUCAAAUGUACUUAUGUAGCUGUGUACAGCGGCCAGGCCCGCAUCUUAUCAGUUGGCUAUGCCACCACCCCUGCCGACAUGGCCGUCGGCCCCAGCUUCUUGGCAGCCCGUGCCUCCCAACCUCGCGCCCACCUCGCGCCGUAGCUGCCCCUUGGGCUCCAUAGCCCC